UUUGCUUGCACAACAAUGGCUGCUAAUCUUCCCUUCAGAAACCUGCUUUCUCUUAUGCAAAAUCGUUUUUUGACAACAUCGGCAGCAAAAAAUUCAUCAACUUCUCAACUACUUUCAUCCUCAUUCACUGUUAACUACCUCAUGAACUCAUGUGGGCUCCCCUUAGAAUCUGCUCUCUCAACCUCACAGAAGCUCAAACUCGAAGAAAACAACCUCCAAAGGCCUCAAGCUGUGCUCGCUUUCUUGAAAUCUCACGGUUUCGACAAUACCCACAUCGCGGAAUUGAUCAAAAAGCGCCCAAGGAUACUCCUAUACAAAGUGGAAGACAAUCUCAAGCCCAAGAUAGAGUUUCUCACCCAGAAUGGCUUUGUGGGUAAGCUUCUUGCUGACCUCAUUGUAUUGAGUCCUGUCAUUUUCAGGCGAGGCUUGAGUUCCCAUAUAAAACCAACGUUUCAAUUUCUGAAUACAUACCUUGAAAACAAUGAGAAUGUUGUGGCGGCUGUUAAGCGGUCUUCGUGGCUUUUAACUGGGAAGGAGUACCUUUACAUAGCAUAUCGAAAUUGAUUCUAACGCAGCCUAGA